AUGAUCAGGUCUUCUUUUCCAACCUCCGUGGCAGUGUUUGCCCUUCUUAUCCUGAAUGUCGGUGCCAAGGAUACUUUCAUAGCUGCAGUCUAUGAACAUGCUGUCAUAUUGCCAGACAAAACAGAAACGCCUGUUUCUGAGGAAGAUGCCUUUCUCCUGAUGAACAGGAAUAUAGAUAUGCUGGAAAAUGCGAUUAAACAAGCAGCUAAACAGGGUGCUCAAAUCAUUGUGACUCCAGAAGAUGCACUGUAUGGCUGGAACUUUAGCAGGGAAACGAUUUUCCCAUAUUUGGAGAAUAUCCCAGACCCUAAGGUGAACUGGAUUCCAUGUGAGGAACCCCUCAGAUAUGGUCACACUCCAGUCCAAGCAAGACUCAGUUGUCUGGCCAAGACCAAUUCUAUCUAUGUCUUGGCAAAUAUUGGGGACAAAAAGCAGUGCAAUUCCCGUGACUCCACAUGUCCUUCCAAUGGUUAUUAUCAGUAUAAUACCAACGUGGUGUACAAUUCAGAUGGAAAACUGGUGGCACGUUACCAUAAGUACCACCUCUACCAAGAGCGUCAGUUUGAUGUCCCUCAAAAGCCGGAGUUGGUCACUUUCACCACCACCUUUGGAAAGUUUGGCAUUUUCACUUGCUUUGAUAUACUCUUCCAUGACCCUGCCGUGACCUUGGUGAAAGAUUUCGACGUAGACACCAUACUGUUUCCCACAGCUUGGAUGAAUGUUUUACCCUUUUUGACAGCUAUUGAGUUCCAUUCAGCUUGGGCAAUGGGAAUGAGGGUUAAUCUUCUUGCAGCCAAUAUACAUCACGUCAGCCUAAAUAUGACAGGGAGUGGUAUCUAUACACCACACUCUCCCAAAGCAUAUCAUUAUGAUAUGGAAACAACAGAUGGAAAGAUCCUCGUUUCAGAGAUAGAGUCACGGCCCCGAUUCUCUCCUGUAUACCCACCAGCCAUAAAUUGGAAUGCCUAUGCCAAGGCCAUCAAACCAUUCCCAAUACAGAAGAAAACUUUUGGGGGCUUGGUUUCCCGUGAUGAGUUCAACUUCACAGAACUUUAUGAAAGUGCGGGAAAUCUUACAGUUUGUAAAAACAAGCUCUGUUGUCAUCUAAGCUACCACAUGUUAGGAAAAGAAGAGAAUGAAGUCUACGUUCUAGGAGCUUUUACAGGACUUCAUGGACGAAGGAAGAAAGAGUACUGGCAGGUAUGCACAAUGCUGAAAUGCAAAACUACAGAUUUGACAACUUGUGGACAGCCGGUAGAAACUGCUUCUACAAGAUUUGAAAUGUUCUCCCUAAGCGGUACCUUUGAAACAGAGUAUGUUUUUCCUGAAGUGUUACUUAGUAAAAUCCAUCUGUCACCUGGAAAAUUUGAGGUACUAAAAGAUGGACGUCUGGUAAACAAGAACGGGAUAUCUGGGUCUGUCCUAACAGUGUCACUGUUUGGGAGACAGUACACAAAGGACUACUCCAACUCAGGAAGGGCCAAUCAUUCAGCAAUAAGUUACUUACUAAUAACUACAUUAUUAAUCAUUACAGCUCUGCAAAAUAUUGAGUUGGCAUAA